AUGGCAUCCUCGGCCCCAAAACUCGAUCCAUUCUCCAAGCAAGUGAGGGACACUACCGACAAAAUGGUUGCCGAAGGCCACCCCGAACACAUUGUUGGCGAUGUUCAUGGCUUGAUCAAAGCUGUAACUAAACACUUCAAUUUGGUCCCGGAUUCGAUUGUCAAAAGCCUCCCGUCAUAUCUGCAUCAUGUAUGGUAUAAAUGCAUCCAGGCAGGGAAGAACAUCAAAGCCUGGUCUGAAUCGCAGGAUGUCCUUGUUUGUCACCUCGUUGCUGUGAGGAACUUGGGAUCCCCCCCCCUCCAGCUGGCAGCACCAAGGGCAAUGCAUUAUCUGAUGGCCGUAUAUUCUGGUCUGAUCUACCCCUAUUUGCACAAGAUCUAG